AUGAGCAAAGUACGUCACAUUUCGUCGGAACAAACUCCUUCACCACCUGAACGGCUGCCUCGUCUCGUGGUUCCACCACCAGCAGCAGUGAGUCUUCACGGUUCACCGUCGAGACGGCACAUAUUGAGCGAAUCGUAUGAUUUCAACCGACUUUCGCCUCAACGUCCACUCUCAGUUAGACGCACCUCAGAGGAAGUCCCCGCACCGACGACCCUACGCGUACGCUAUCCAAGCGAACAGAUGUCCCGUUCGUCGCAACACGGACCUCUGCGACCUACCAGCCAACCUUACCACCAACUUUACGAGCAGAGUAACACCCAUGUUGACACCUCAGCAGAUGGGUGGAGACCAAGAACGACCAAUCUCCCCAGUGUCACUUCAGGAGUGGCAGUAAAAGACUUCUAUGAGGAAAACUGGACGUCUGGUGAGGAAGGUGAUAGGAAGAAGCACUGUCACUUGAAGGAGUAUAGACAGAAAAGGCGGGAGAGACGCGGCUCUUUGGCUCCCUCUAGCCCCGAACUCGAGGAGGAUGGUGCGUCUCCACCUUCACUUCUCAUCUUCUUCUGUUUUGCACGCAAUCAAACGUUGGAAGAGUUUUGUGUGCCCUCUACAAAACUUCUACCACCACCACCACCACCACCUUACGUAAGCCAACACACUCACCAUCGAAGGAACAACUCUGCCUCCCCUUCCCUUCAACUUCUCCCACGCCACGACACGUCACUGUCUGAUCUCCUCCUCCUCCUCCUUAACAUCUUCCCACCUCACCUCUUCGACCUACAAUGA